CCACAAUACAGACACAAACCGAGAUCGAGAGCAGCAGGUUCUACCUCAUCCCCAGAACACGGGCCCAACCCAGACAACAGGAAGUGAUGUCAGGAACAUAGGAAGUGACGUCAGGGCACAGUGUUCAACUGCCAACCAAGUGGAACAAUGUCACACCAGAGUUUAACAGUGCCUUCGGACGGAAACGUACAAAUAAACUUUCUGUCGUCAUCCCGAUGUCCAAAGAGCCUGGCCUUACUAGUCAACCCGGUCAGCAGUGGUCGGGAGAAGUUCUGUUUACAGACCUGUGGCCCCAACAUGUCACCCUUAUCCCUCGGGGGACUGCCGUCCUCCAGUGGUCUUGGUGUCUGUCCCAUCCUGGCCAUGCCGUGUCCUGGUGGUGUUGACCGUAAGCCAGACCCCGAUGCCGUUUUCAGUGAUAGAGACAUCCUAGGAAUGGAGGCAGCGGUGUGUCCCAUGACGAUGGGUGAGGGGAGUCUGAGAGAUUGCCCACUCUCCUGUGAACUGUCCCAUGACGACGUGAGCCCAUCAGACCUUAUUGAGGCAACGGUUGGAGAGAUGGAUGAUGACCAGCCUGUUGUUGGGAGUCUGAUGGCUGAAGAAGCUGGGUGUAACCCAGGUUCCUGUAGCACGUGCCCACUGAGAGGCUCAGGGGUGGUAGAGGAGGCUGAGCUUCAGCUACCUGUAUUGGAUCUCCUGGCAAUACACAAAAGCCCUAACUCAGAAAAUAGUGAGGGGGAGAGCCAUGGUGGAUGCCUUAUGCUCCCAAAGUCACGACGAUUAGGUCAAGUAGAUCAGCUACCUGUGUUAAUGCAGAAAAACCCUGGUCUGGAUGGCAGCGUGGUUGUUGAGGGUCAUCUCCCUGACUCCGCCCUCACUGACCCCUCCCUCUCUGACCCCACCCUCUGUGGUCUUACCCCUGAUGGUAGGGGGUAUGGAGAGCGGAGCAGCGUGGAGAGGGAGGUGGCUGAACAUCUGGCCAAGGGUUUCUGGCCUGAUUUAUACCCCUCACAGACUGAACCUCUCCCUAGUCUCCCUAAUCUGGACACCAUGGAGCACGGAGGUCUGGGGAGAGUUCCUAAUCUGGACACCAUGGAGCACGGAGGUCUGGGGAGAGUUCCUAAUCUGGACACCAUGGAGCACGGGGGUCUGGGGAAGGCUACAGACUUCCCCUGGCAGCUAGACCUGAACUCUAAUCCAGCAGACUGUCCCUUCCUUAGAGACCUGGGGACAGGAGAGGCAGAGGGGAUGGAAGAGGUAGGGGGGGUGGGGGAGAUGGGUAAGGUAGGACAGACUGGUGUGAUGGGUGGGGUGGAGGAGACCGGGGAGGCCCAGACCCCCGGUGGGAACCACAGCCUGUCCCAGUCUGAGAUGAGUCCCUACAUGUCAUCUCUCAACUCAGGAGAGGACUCAGACGGAGACCUGGACACAGACGGAGACACGGAGAGAGAGGCCAACAACAGGAGAGCACAAGAGGUUCGUCUGCCCUUCCCGGUGGUUCAGAUCUCGUCAGUGAGUCGUAGUGCCUUCCAACAGCUCCUCCGAUGCCAGCAGCUGACCCACGAACAGCUGGAAUUCGUCCACGACGUCCGACGACGCAGCAAGAACCGCGUGGCCGCCCAGCGCUGUCGCAAGAGGAAGCUCGAAGGCAUCAGUCAACUACAGACGGAGAUCGGCACACUGAGAGGAGAGAAGAAGAGGUUGCUGGAGGAGCAGGCCCAUCUGCAGAGGAACAUGGAGGAGAUGUUACAGAGUCUGACAGGGUUGUGUCACAGCGUCUGCAACGAGGCAGGGGUCUGUCAUGAGCAGGACCAGCUACAGCUCCUAUCCAAGCUCCAGUCUCCUGACGUCUCUGUCUCAGCCCUCCUCAACACUCUGGCCUCCCCCAGCCUCCCCCUCUCCUCUCCCGGCCUCCCCCUGGGACUGAAGCCAGAGAGCUUAGAGCCCCAACCCCUGCCUACACCACCAGAACCAGCACAGCCCUAGAACCAAUCACAGCCCCAACCCCUGCCUAUACCACAACCACCAGCACAGCCCUAGACCCAAUCACAGCCACACCACUGCCUUAACCUGCCCUAGAGAACUGCCCCAAGGCGGUCCCAUCCUGCCCCAGUGCUGUCCCAUCCUGCCCCAAGGCUGUCCCAACCUCAACCUGCCCCAGAGAACUGCCUAGCGCUACAUAGCAACAUAUAAAUUCUGAGCCAUAUACUGUCUAGACUAUAGAUAAUAUAGAUCUGUUAUUGGAUAUAACUCUAUACUGUAUAGACUAUAGAUAAUAUAGAUCUGUUAUUGGAUAUAACUCUAUACUGUAUAGACUAUAGAUAAUAUAGAUCUGUUAUUGGAUAUAACUCUAUACUGUAUAGACUAUAGAUAAUAUAGAUCUGUUAUUGGAUAUAACUCUAUAGAUAAUAUAGAUCUGUUAUUGGAUAUAACUAUACUGUAUAGACUAUAGAUAAUAUAUAUCUGUUAUUGUAUAUAACUCCAAUGUAUAGACUAUAGAUAAUAUAGAUCUGUUAUUGGAUAUAACUCUAUACUGUAUAGAUAAUAUAGAUCUGUUAUUGGAUAUAACUAUACUGUAUAGACUAUAGAUAAUAUAGAUCUGUUAUUGUAUAUAACUCUAUAGAUAAUAUAGAUCUGUUAUUGGAUAUAACUCUAUACUGUAAAGAUAAUAUAGAUCUGUUAUUGGGUAUAACUCUAUAAUGUAUAGACUAUAGAUAAUAUAGAUCUGUUAUUGGAUAUAACUCUAUACUGUAUAGAUAAUAUUGAUCUGUUAUUGGAUAUAACUCUAUACUGUAUAGAUAAUAUAGAUCUGUUAUUGGAUAUAACUAUACUGUAUAGACUAUAGAUAAUAUAGAUCUGUUAUUGGAUAUAACUCUAUAGAUAAUAUAGAUCUGUUAUUGGAUAUAACUCUAUACUGUAUAGAUAAUAUAGAUCUGUUAUUG